GCCCCUCCCAGGGAUUAAGAGUCCUCUAUAAAGGGGACUGUCCACCCAGAUCAGGCCAGGGGGGUAUCUGGGACCCAGGCAUUGUGCCCAUCCCCCCUGCCAUGUGGGAACUGCGGUCAGCCUCCUUCUGGAGGUCCAUAUUUGCUGAGUUCUUUGCCACCCUCUUCUAUGUCUUUUUUGGACUAGGGGCUUCACUGCGUUGGACCCCUGGACCCCUGCAUGUUCUGCAGGUGGCUCUGGCCUUUGGCCUGGCCCUGGCUACGCUGGUGCAGGCUGUGGGCCACAUCAGUGGAGCCCAUGUCAAUCCUGCAGUCACUUUUGCCUUUCUUGUGGGUUCCCAGAUGUCGCUGCUCCGUGCCUUCUGCUAUAUGGCAGCCCAACUCCUGGGAGCCGUGGCUGGAGCCGCCGUGCUGUAUAGUGUUACCCCGCCUGCCGUUCGAGGAAACCUAGCACUUAAUACGUUGCACCCUGGGGUAAGUGUGGGCCAGGCCACCACGGUGGAGAUCUUCCUGACACUCCAGUUUGUGCUCUGCAUCUUUGCCACAUACGACGAGAGGCGGAAUGGCCGCCUGGGAUCUGUGGCCCUGGCUGUUGGCUUCUCCCUCACCCUGGGUCACCUCUUUGGGAUGUAUUAUACUGGUGCAGGCAUGAACCCUGCCCGCUCCUUUGCUCCUGCCAUUCUCACCAGAAACUUCACCAACCACUGGGUAUACUGGGUGGGCCCAAUCAUUGGAGGAGGACUAGGCAGUCUCCUCUACGACUUUCUCCUCUUCCCCCGGCUUAAGAGUGUUUCUGAGAGACUGUCUAUUCUCAAGGGUGCCAGGCCCAGUGACUCCAAUGGACAACCAGAGGGCACAGGGGAACCUGUUGAACUGAAGACCCAGGCCCUGUGAAAGCUCCACUUGGCCAGAGGGAGUAGGAAGCUUCUGGGUUUAUUCAGAGGGGCUGAGCCAGCCCCUGGAUGAAGAAAGAGACUGGGGGAGGGACAUGUAUUUCUUUAUUUUUUAAUUUAUGUGUGUGUGUGUGUGUGUGUGUGUGUGUGUGUUUUGCCUUUUGCCGUGUGAAAUCUUUCAAGUUGCAUUCAUGAGCUGGUUUGUGCAAACUUCCCUUCCUCUCCAUCCCACCUCUCUUCGCCGCUGUGUGUGCAUGAUUGUGCGUAUGAAUGUGAGUGAAUGUGGCUGUGUCUAAGUUUUGGGGCACAGCAGGAGAGGUAGGGAAGGGAAAAAAGGUGUCAUCCUUUACCUUCCUCUCCCAACCCAGUGUGGUGAGCACAGGAACCAAGACCUUUAAGCUUCGGCCUUUACCUUGCUGCCAAGUCAAGUUUAUGACCCUAGGUUUCUGCAGGAGCAGGGAAGCAGGGAGUACUCUUCACAGGAGGCAGAUGGAGACAAGGCAUUUCAAGAGUUGGGAGGAAGGGGCUGGAGGCAGGGAGAGAGGAAAUGGCGUUAUUAGCCCCAGAUCAGGUUGCAGUUGUACCAGAAAGUUUUGGGGAAGUUAAUCGAAGAGUGUAGUCUACUUAUCUCAGGGAUGCUUGCCCCAAGGACUUGGGUGGGGAAGUAGCUCUGAGAAAAGUGAACACUGGGGUUUGAACUGUUCUGUAAAGCCACAUAAACUUGUCUACAUCCA